GAGGAAGCUUUCGUUUUUUCGUCCCCUCUUGUGUUGUCUGUGUUUCUCGAGGAUUUAACGCUUUAGGAUAUACGGUCGAAUAGUUCAGUUGACCGAUCAAAGCCAAAACCAACGCACAGUAAACACUUAGUUUGCAGAGGGUCGCACUAUUGCUACACGCUAGACAGAAAGAAGACGGAAAGCUAGACGGAAACUUGCGGCCAGCGUCCGAACCUCUUCAGAAGUGACAUCGAGAAAUACUGGAUAUUGUCUUCAGUUUGCUCUGCAUUUACUCAACGGGGAGUAAAUGCUUUUAAAGUACCAGGAUUUUAUGGCAAUAUCUGAAUUGUGAGCCAGCAUCUGAAUGAAGGCAGGCCAUAUACCUGACGAGGUUUACAUCACUGUUUUAUGGUCAAAUGACAGAUUUUUUAAAACAGUUGAUAAUGAUUGAUUUGACAAUCAAAGACUUUUUAAAUGAUACCCUUUAAUCCUAUAUGUAAUUUUCUUUUUUUUUAUUUUUAUUGAUGUUAGAGUAGUAAUUUAAGUGCUGCUUUGACUAGUUGGGUUUUAUUAGAUGUGUAGGGGAAUCUAGCUUUGUUUAAUAACUGAGGUGAGACUGGAACAGAUUACAUUUAUUGGACAAUAAUUGCAAUAUUAAAAGUUAUCAUGCAUAUAUAGAAGUUUCUGAAUAUUUGCAUAAUUAUGCUCCCAACUUCCUAAACUAUUGACAUUUAUCAUUCCUAAAAAGCUGUAUUUGGUUUUGUCAAGAUGGCAUUCUCAAUGAACUUUACUCAAGAGUUAAGAGGAGGAGAUGCCUUCAUCUGUACAGAGUGUGGUGAAGGAUUUAGACUGUAUCCAAAACUUGUUGAACACAUGGCCAUACAUGGACUUACUGGCGUAUUUUCCUCUGAUGGUAUUAGUAAUGGUAGUUCUGUCAACCCAUCCAUUGAGGUUGCGCUCCAUGAAAAUGGAACACUUACUGUGGUUGAUCGAUCCGUCUUGUCUAACUUUACCUUCUUGUUUGGAAAACCUCAACCAAAGAGAUUCUGCCCACCCCCCAGUCAAGAAACCAUUGUUCCAUCUAAGAUGCCAGAAAAAGAGCCUGCUCUGUAUAAAUGUGAUAGAUGUGGACAACUGUUCAAAACCUCCAAAAGCUUACAUCUGCAUCAGCAGUAUCGUGCUCUUGAACAGGGGUUCAAAUGCACUCUGUGCUGCAAGGUGUUAAAUGAUCGAGAGAGCCUGCAGAACCACCUUCAAAACCAUGCUCAUGAACGCUUUUAUAGUUGUGGGCACUGUGGAAAGCGAUUCUUAAGACAAGAUUCCUUGCUGUCCCAUCAAAAACAGUGGCAUGGAUCUGCUUCUUCCAGGAUUUUGAGUAGAUCACAGGAAGAUCAAGAAAACAGCAUGGAUAGGUCAUAUCCUUGCAAAUCUUGUGGCUUGCGCUUCUUUUGGUUGUCUGACUUACAAAGCCACCUCAACAGUCAUUCUCGUGUCAAUAAGUCGCCCAAUGAGGUUAUGCAAGAUCAAGCACUUGGAGAAGAAAACAGGAAAAUUGAUGAUAAUUCAGUUAUCUCUCAAUUCAAUGAACCAUGUUGUGGACUGUGUGGCCAAAAUUUUCUCAACACUUCAGAUUUAAGAGAGCAUCAUAAAGUCGAACAUCCAGAUGAGAUUGAAGUAAAGGAUUCUUCAGUUUUACCAGCUAAGGCAAAACAACAAUACCAUGGUGUAAUGCGACACAUGGUUGCAAAGCAGCACAAGCAGUUGCUAAGGGUGAACAUAAAAGGAAAACCUAAGAGAAUCAACAGGGCCACCUAUACUGGUAAAUUAUUCUCCUGCAAGCACUGCCAUCGUGUCUUUGUACACUCAAGCAGUCUCUCGCGUCAUAUGCGAUACCAUAAAGGUACUCUGCAUGCCUGUGUUUAUUGUGGAAGGCACUUUCCACAAAGAUGUGAUGUCACAAGGCAUGUGGCCAUGUACCACGCUUCAGAGCUUCAAUCCAAAUCUCAGGAAGAGUCAACGAUGGAACAUGAGACUGGAAAUGGUGAACAGGAACCUAUGAAAGAAUCAACACAAACAACAAGCGAUGGUGAACAGGAAGAUCUUGAAGAAGAAAAUCAACCCUCAUCCAAGUCAGAAGACCUGUUUGGUUCUCGAUUUAAGAAAACUUUCAAGCCAAAGAUGAAGUAUAAAUGCAAAGAAUGUUGCAGAGUCUUUGGACUACUUAGUGUUUUUCAGCGGCAUAUGGUUCACCACAAGAGAAACCCCUACAGAUUAUUGCUAAGUUGCCCUCUCUGUCCAAGUCGCUUCUCAUUCACCUCUGCUUUAAAUCGCCAUCUUGAGUGUCAUCAUAAAAGAGACCCGGGGACGGAUGUCACAAAACCUCCCGAAACUAAUGACAUUAAUUCCCAAGUUCAACAAGAAGAUUCUCCUACCGAAUAUCCGGAUUCAAAUGCAAAUAUUGACAUGUCAUCAGAAAUACUGAAUGAAUCUUCUGAAUGUUCUCAGAUCUAGUGAUACACAAUAUGGCCAACAGCAUAUGGACACUCUUUUGUAAUUAACAGAUUUGGCUCAUCCAUAAAUGUCAGUAUAAUGGUUAUUCCAUAAACCUUUUUUUUUGUUUGUUUGUUUUUGGGAGGGUGGGCAUAUUUCUUAUCCAGCCAGCCAAUGUCCCUGUGCUCAGAGCUAUCGUCUACUUGUUCAUGUGGUGAAAAAUGCUAGUGACGUGCAAAUCCCUGACCUAACCCCUACUGGAACAUCUUAGGGGGAGGUAUUGAGAUUGCAAACUACGAGCCACUAAAGGGGUUACAUAAUAUUAUUUCCUGACCUACUUCAUGCUCGGCCUUUACAAUAGUGUUCUUUCAAAGAGGGAUGAAAUCUUUUACUGCAGCAAAAGGAAAUACAUUAAUGCUUUUGUUCUACUUGUGUCUUUUGUCUAAAAUAAAAUUUUGAUUACAUGUGAGGUCGGGGACCGAUGUUGGAAAAUGUGUUGAUGUUCUGUACCCAAAGGCAUUUAGGUCUUCAUGCAAGCUGUCCUUCUGGAAAAUGGUUCUACUAAUAUAGUUGUACUAGAGUUGGAAUACCUAGCCACACUGUAAACAAAUUCUGUUAUUUAACAGUUUCCUUAUUUUAUGAUUCACAAGUGUUUUCUGUUUAACUGCUGUUGUGAAUUGCAUUAUGGUACCUUGAUCUCUUCUCUGUUGACCUUUGAUGUUGGAAAUAAAACUCUAGGGUUUAACAAAUUGACUUCUAUUGGCAUUUUAAUAGUUUAAAAUGAUAAAACGUAUACAAAAUAAUGUAGAGAGAAAUAAGUCAAUAAAUAAAAAAAAAUGUAUUGGCAGUUUAUUACAAGUUUUUUGUACAAUAACAUACAACACCAACCCAGACAAUAUAUCACUUUAAACUAUUAAAAAAUAUAAACGUGAAUCACAAAAUAUGAAAAAGCUGCUAAUUUACAGAUAUCUUUUUACUGUGCAGACCUAUUACAAGAGAGUGUCCACACUAAAGAUGUAGUUAAUGUCAGUAACAUUAACAGUGCUCAUAGAUACUGAAACAUUUUACAUUUUCUAUUCUUAAAAUGUUGUACUUCUAUAUCAUUGGGCUUUUCAGAGGUUUCAAAUGAUUGUUUUUCUUGUGUGCUGCAUUUAAUGUAUAUAAAAUGUUCCCAUCAAAUAAUCUUGUGCGUUUUCAGAUUUUUGGAUAUGCUGUUGCAGUUCUAAAUUGUGUCAUACACAAACUUAAGGGACCUGUAAAAGAAUCUUUAUAAUACCAGAGUAUCUGAAAUUUAAUGCAUAUCAGAAGCAAUUCUGCAAUUAUUCAUUAGUACAUUUUAGUAAUUUGUAUUUUAGAUGUUUUUGUAACCAACAACCUAGAUUUCACUAGUCUCCAUACAGGUCAAACAGCGAAGCUUUUAUUUAUUUAUUUUUAUUUUUUGUAUCGCCAUGUUACGAAACAUACUAUUACUAUUCUCUGACAUCAGUAGUUUUGUGCAAGUCUGGUUUCACUUGUUUAAAUAAAGAAUUCUGUUUUUCUUCUA